CGCCGCAUGACGAAUGGUCUGAGAUAGAGACCUCCGAUGGCAAUCAGUGCCUGGGCGAUCUCAUCCAAGCUAAGCUCACUCCGGGGAGUUGACGACCUCUUUAGACUCUCAUUAUCCUCUUCUUGCCAUAACCAGGGAUGAGUUCCAACAGUGGCUUGGCCGAUGCCUUCCACCCCGCGACCGCAAGCACUAGAUCCACCUCGACAGUGCGACCGCGAACUCGCCGCUUGAUCUCCAUCGUGGACAGCGACAAUGACGAUAGUGGGAGACAAAUGCAAUCCUCCGGACUCUCGUCGAUGCUUUCUUCGGAGUCGGUUGUUCGCUCUCGCGGUGCCACCCCGUCUCCGAAUCCCUCUCGCGGAGUGUCCCCUAUUCCGAUGAAACAUCCUUCUCGAGCUACCGAGUCUUUCAACCGCAAUCGAGGAAAUAGCUCUCUAGAUUUUCUGGAUGCAUCAUGGUCCUCGUUACAAAGCUUGGCCUCGUCGGUACUAGGCAGCGAUAUUGCGCGACCAGCCCCCAACGGUAAUACACGGACACAUGCCAGGAAACCCUCACGACCAGAUCUAUAUUCGAGACCCCCUCCCCGUUCGUCAAUACCUGCGUCAUGGGGACCGUCGGCCCCCUUGACACCAGAAGUCGGAAUCGGGACCAAGGAAGAGCGGCAAGCAUUGGUACAGGCAAAGAAACGCGAGGCUCUAUUAUUGGCCGACACGGGACCAGAUUGGACGAUAAAUUCCCGGCACAAGCGGCGGGACUCGAGCGACCAGACGGGUCAUUCCAACAUCGACCCGGAACAAGAUGAGGACGCCCUAGUAUACAUACACCACGUGCAGGCGACAGACACCAUCACCGGAGUCACGAUACGUUAUGGUUGCCAACCGGCAAUAUUUAGGAAGGCCAAUGGAUUCUGGCCCAGCGAUAGCAUACAAGGCCGGAAAACGGUUCUCCUACCGGUUGACUCUUGCUCUGUCAAGGGCCGGCCUAUACGAGAUGAAGCCAACGCCGAGCUUUCGAACGGCACACACGAGUCUCUGGAAGACUUGAACGGCAGCUCGAUUGCACCUACUGCGGUGCCGUGGCCUCCGAAGGCAGAAAUAUCACAUAGUAUAUCCGAAGGCGACGGGGAUCGGGUUUGGAAGCACGAAUCUUGGGUACAGAUUGAAGGCUUCGGUGCGCCAGUUGAGAUAGGCCGCAUCCCCCGAGGCGCAUUAGGGUUCUUCCCACGUACACGGCGAAAAUCGGUAUCAUGCACCGAUUCGGUGCCCUCUCCAUCUUCAGACCAGGGACGAACGGCAACUACGUCGUCUGUAUCUUCAUCACCGGCUGAACCCCAGUCCUUCAAUCCUGCUAUCUUUCAAUGGAGCCGCCAACCCACCGACCCUUCUUCAUCGAAAGCCCCCAAAAGGCCUGGAGCCCGGCAUCAGCGCCAACGCAGCGGUAUCCAGUUCUCCGCUCCUGGCGUCGGCACACUCGACCGCGACAUCACAGCUCCUGGCCCCGCAAUGGACGGGCUGAGCAAAUUCUUCGCCCAUCACCUGCCCAAUCUCGCCCCCGCAACCCGGCCCCCGGACUUCGACACCACCUCCGAUACCCCCACCGCCUCUGCUGUCUCCAACACCCCCACGGGCCUCGAGAACAUCGGCGGGGCCGUCGAAUCCUGGGUCCGCAAGAUGACUAGUCGCGCCAAAGCCAGCCUCAACGAUCUGCAGCAGGCAACCAAUGCCCCCAACAACCCCGACUCCACGAUCCAGAUCCAACCCAACGGCCGUCAUCGCGCCAUGGGCGAUCUGAUCGAAUUGCACGGCGGACUAGAGCCAGCAACAACAACCAACCACCCGCCGGGGCCCGCCGAUGCAUCCACCACCAACACACGGCGCGCAAAACUCGAACGAAGCGCCGGAUCCGCAUCGAGCUCCCUCCUCCCCAACGGGACCUCCUCAUCUUCAUCUCCCUCGACCCUGCGGGGCCGAUUUGCGACUCCCUCGCCCGGACGAUCGAGCAGGACUCAAUCUGGCGCUGAGCGCGAUCGAUACAAGGAUGAUUAAUCAAGCGUUGUCGACGUAAUCAUUACAACCGCUCUGCCUAUAUUUAUUAUGGCACAGGCGGUUC